CAUCUAACGUUAACACGAUCCGUCGGAGCUUUGUCACGUCAUCUACAAAAUACCAUCACUCACUAGCCAACUACCACCGUAUACUCCCAGAGCACUCCCAGAGCAAUCCCCACUCCAACAUCACCAACAAUGGAUGAAGAACCGUCUGAAUACGAGCUUCGACGCCUCGAGAACAUCCGUCAGAACCAAGAGCUUCUGAAGUCGCUCGAACUCGACACAAUCGGCGCGACAUUUCGCAAGGCCGCAGAGAGCACCCCCUCUAAAGCUCGAGCGCCGCGCACAAAAAGGGAAAAGAAGUCUAAAGACGAGCCGCGUGUGCCGCUUCGGACUUCGUCGAGGCUUGCUGGAAUUCCUGCUAAUCUUGACGACGACGCCGGAGGGAAGAGGAAGGCCGAGGGUUGGAGCUACGAGAAGGUCGCGGAGGCUGAGAAGGCGAAGCGCCAGAGGGUCGCGGGCGAUUUGAGCUUUGAGAUUAAGAGGGGACUGUUUGCGGGCAAGAGCUGGGAUACGGAGACGUUCACGAAGGAGGAUGUCGACAAGACGGCAGAUGGCGGGUUAAAAGAGGUCAGGAAGAAGAUGAUGGGAUUGAAGCUGUGGGAGAAGUUUGAGCCGAACGAGCUCAAAAUCACCCCGGAGCGAAUCUACUACCUCGAAUUUCAUCCCAGCCCAGAUAAACCGCUCGUUUUCGCGGCCGAUAAGACUGGCAACUUCGGAAUCCUCAAUGCCACAGAUGAAGGCGAUGUGCCGGAUAUCACUCAGUUCAAACCGCAUGCUCGUACAAUCACCAAUUUCUUCGUAUCACCCUCGGCGCCGGAGACGCUAUACACAGCCUCCUACGACUGCUCGAUCCGCCAGCUGGAUCUCAACUCGGGCAAGAGCGUUGAGAUCUACGUGCAUCCCGACGAGGUGGAGUUCUCCGCUAUCAAUGCGCUGGAUGAGGGCUGCCAGACGUUGCUGUUCGCGACGCUGGACGGCACAGUCGGCCGCAUCGAUACUCGCGCCAAGAUGCCGGCGGAUACCUGGGAGUGCUCCGAGAAGAAAAUCGGCGGAUGCCAUGUAUUCCCCAAGGAUAUGAACUACUUUUCUACUGCGUCGCUCGACCGCACGGUGAAAAUCUGGGAUAUCCGCGCAAUGGACCGUCCGGUGGCUCAGCACGGCUCGCGACUCUCGGUCUCCUCGGCUAUGUGGAGUCCCACGGGCAAACUCGCAACCACUAGUUACGACGACACGGUCAAGAUUUACAACCCGACCCUCCCGUUCAAGACCAGCGUCAAGACCGAAAACGUCAAGACCAAGAGUGUCAAGAUCAAGAACGAAAUCAAGAACGAGGAUGAGGAUGUCACCUUCCAGCAAAUCAAGACCGAGGAAGGGGACGGCGCCACGAUCCAGGAAAUGCAGCCCGAGCAUGUCAUCCGCCACAACAACCAGACGGGCCGGUGGGUGACGAUUCUCAAGGCGAACUGGCAGGACAAGCCCGACGACGGCGUGCAGAAGCUAGUCAUCGCCAACAUGAACAGGGGCAUCGACGUCUACGGCGAGGACGGCGUGCAGCUGGCUCAUCUGUCGGACGACCGCAUCACCGCUGUCCCUUCGGCCGCAAAGAUGCACCCGAGUCGUCCGUGGGUUGCGGGUGGCACUGCGAGUGGCAAGAUCGUGCUCUACAUGUAGGGGAGGGGCAGCGGUAGCGGUUGGAGUUUUCCUGGGUUUGCUUUCUUUUCGAUUCUGGCUCAUGCUGCUUGUGAGUAGAUGUGCCCAAUCUUUGGAUAGACCUAUUUAUACUACCUGUUUUUGGCCCUGUACCUAGUCUGAAAUACCAGAGUUUCGGGAAAAGGUCUCCAUAGUUUCUUCGACUGUAUGUUUUUGUACCUAAGUUACUGCAGGACGGUCAGCAGGUGCCUAUAGUAAUAGCACCUCUCCCCC